AGAAUAAUAAAAAGACAGAACAAUCAACGUGUAGUUCGCGUUUUCUUUCCCUUUCAGGAACACAGGUAGUCUCGGUUACCGAGCAUCAUCUCUCUCUGUUUUUAUCCCUAUUAUCUUCUCUUCCCAUUUUUUGGUCAACCUUUGGUCGUUGGUUUUUUUCUCUCUUUCCAUUCCAUGUCUUCCUUUCUCUGGUUCAAAUGACUUAGAGACCCUUAAGCACUCUAGAAUAUAGGGCAAACUAGCCAUCUUCUUCAGUUUUCUGUUUCUUUCUCUCUUUUUUUUGCAGCGUUUUGAAGCCUCUUCCAAGUGUCUCUUACUCAAGAUUUCCCUCUGGUUCAUUCUCUCAAGCUGCUGUUGAGUUCAUCUUCCCUCUUAACUCAAAGGGUAACAUAACACCCUGUAUGUAAUAUUUAUUCUUCUUUUGCUCUUCACGUCUUUCCCAUGUUAGUUAAGUGCUAAAAGUUCAAACUUUUUUGUUCUCAUGCCUCAGUUUAUUUGAUGGGCCAUCCCCAGAUGAAAAAUCAUCUCAGUUUUUGCUUCUGGGAAUCUGAGUUUUGUUGCUUGACUUGCAAGUGACUUUGGUCUUGUGGUUGGGGAAACAGUGACCUUUCUCAAUUUUGCUUAUUUAAUUUGGGCUUAGUUUGUUUAGUAAUCGAUUAUGUCAGCUAGCUUUUCAAUUGAGAUGGGUACUUAAAGGGGUUUAAUUUCUUCUUUUGCUUCUAAAUUAAGUCAAACAGUCGUUUGACUCAAUUGGAAUCUUGUAUAUUUGGGGUCAUGGAUAACUCAAAUGAUUCAUCAUCAUCCUUGAGUUUUGUAUCAUCUCGCCUUUCACAUGGUUCUAGUAAUCACAACGUGUCUUCCUCCACCAGCAAUGAGCAUGGGGCAAAUAUUGAAAUUUUGAGUCUGAAUAAGCUCAGUGGAAGCCUUGAGAAGCUAUUGAUUGAGACUGAGUAUGAUUAUAGUGAUGCUGAGAUUCUUGUUGAAGACAUCCCUGUGGGUAUUCAUCGCUGUAUAUUGGCGUCGCGUAGUCUGUUUUUCCAUGAGCUUUUUAAGAAAGGGACUGAUGGAUCAGGCAAGGAAGGAAAGCCAAGGUAUCUCAUGUCAGAUUUGGUGCCUUAUGGCACAGUUGGAUAUGAAGCUUUCCAAGUGUUCUUGUACUAUUUGUAUACUGGAAGGUUAAAGGCUUCACCAACAGAAGUGACAACAUGUGUCGAUGAAACAUGUACCCAUGAUGCAUGCCGCCCUGCUAUCAAUUAUGCCUUAGAGCUGAUGUAUGCUUCUGCCACUUUUCAGAUGAAAGAGCUGGUUUUACUUUUUCAGCGGCAUCUCCUAAAUUUUGUUGAGAAGGCUCUUGUGGAAGAUGUCAUUCCUAUUCUUAUGGCUGCUUUCAACUGCCAACUAGACCAGCUUCUCUCUCAGUGCAUUCGUAGAGUAGCAAGGUCUGACUUUGACAACACAUCUUUGGAAAAAGAGCUCCCUCGUGAAGUUGUGACUGAAAUCAAAUUGCUCCGACUCCCAUUUCAGCCAGAAUCCACACCUAAUGCAAUGGAAGUGGAGUCCUUGAAUGAAAAGAGUAUAAGGAGAAUCCACAAGGCAUUGGACUCUGAUGAUGUUGAGCUACUGAAGCUUCUUCUAAAUGAGUCUAGUGUCACUCUAGAUGAUGCACAUGCCCUGCACUAUGCUUGUGCCUAUAGCGAUUCUAAGGUUAUUCAAGAAGUUCUUAGUCUAGGCAUGGCUGAUAUUCUUCGUAGAAAUUCCCGAGGAUACACAGUUCUUCAUGUGGCUGCAAGGCGAAAGGAUCCAUCCAUUUUGGUAGCACUACUGAAUAAAGGGGCGUGUGCAUCAGAUACCACUCCAGAUGGACAAACUGCUCUUGCAAUUUGUCAGAGGUUGACGAGAUACAAGGAUUAUCAAGAGCAAACAGUCCAGUGUAAGGAAUCUAACAAGGACAGGCUCUGUGUUGAUGUCCUGGAGAGGGAGAUGAGAAGAAAUUCUAUGACUGUGAAUAUGUCUGUUUCAUCACAGCUAACAGCCAAUGAUUUGCACAUGAGACUGGAUUACCUUGAAGAUAGAGUUGCAUUUGCUCGGCUGUUUUUUCCUGCUGAGGCUAGGGUAGCCAUUGAGAAUGCUGAAGCAGAUUCAUCGUCGAUGUACGCAAACUCAUCGGCUUUGAAGGGCACAAAUGGCAACCUGAAACAAGUAGAUCUAAAUGAAUCUCCCUCUGCUCAUACCAGAAAACUUCAGUUAAGAUUACAUGCCCUUAUGAAAACAGUUGAGAAUGGUAGGCGCUUCUUUCCCCAUUGCUCUGAAGUGCUUGAUAAGUUUCUGGAAGAUGACGAUAUGCCAGAUGUUUUCUUCCUAGAGAAGGGCAGUGAAGACGAGCAGAGAAUCAAGAAAGCACGCUUCAUGGAACUUAAAGAUGAUGUGCAGAAGGCAUUUCACAAGGAUAUGGCUGAAAAUAACCAUUCUGGUUUUUCAUCUACGGUGUCUUCCUCAUCUUCCUCAACUCGUAGGGAAGGUCUUAACCAUAGAGUGAGGAGAAAAUGAAGCCCAUGUUCUUCUAGAGUAGAGUGUUGCAACUUGCAAGUAGAAGCAGUGACAUAUUUGGCAAAUAAGAUGUUCUGUUAAAUUAGGGGUUUUUGCUGAUGAACAUGGGAGAUUUUUACUAGCUUGAUUUAGUUUCUUAUAGUUGUUGGACCAAGAGAAGAGAAGAAGGAAAAAAAGGAAGACGAAUUGGCUUAGUAAUAUCUUUGUUCCUUUUCCAAGACCCAAAAGUGUGUAUUUUUUACUUUGUUAUAUGAUCCUAGAUUGUUAUAUAACUGAAAAUCUCACCUCCUGUAAUAAUUACUUUAAAGAUGACAUGCAAGACUAUUUAAAAGUCAUUUCCAAUUGAUUAUCCUUGCAAAAUUGUAUGUCCGUUGUACACCAAAAUAAUUGUAUAUAUUGAAAACAUAUAAAUACUAAACUCUUGUUUCAGUU